AUGCGUAUCGACUUCACGUUUGGUCGUAGUUCGUUUGGUCAGCAUGCAUACGAUGUGUUCGAGCAUCCUAACCAUCUUCAAUCCGACGGUGGUCGUGCGCCACCAAUCCACGCCGGACGGCCGCUCUUCACUCCCGUCCCGUGGGACGCGACGAACGCAAGGCUCGCCGACAAACACCAUUUAAACGUCGUUGCGCUUCGCUCGGCGCGCGUCCUCGGGCAAAUCGAUCGCAAGUUUAUCGCAUGCAUUUUCGCCGGCGGUGAAGGAGGAGAAAGAAGCAGCUCCCUUGUGCUCGUCGACCAGCACGCGGCGGACGAGCGCGUGCGCGUCGAGCGCUUCCUCAGGGACGUCUGCGAAGGCUUCCUGCGCGCCGCUCCCACGCACCCUCAAACGAGCACCGGCCGCGACCUGUCAAGCGGUGAAGACGAGGUGGAGACCGGUGUGCGCAAGAGGACGCUCGCGCCGCCCGUGCCCGUCCUGUUGACGCGGGCGGAGGCAGAGCGGGUGCAGAGCGGGGAUCGUGCCUGGCCCACACACGGCGAGGACGCGGCCACCGUGACACACGUCCAGUGCGAGGUGGCCGCAGUGCCCGAGGUCGUCGCGGAUAGGCUGCUCGCGGGCGACGAGCUCCGGGGUCUCGUCAGCGGGUACUUGGCGAGGCUCGAGUGCGAGGGCACGGAGGGCGUGCUGCUUGCAGGGCAAGCCGGACCCCGAGACGUGGGCUGGCAGAAGGCACUGCGGUGGUGCCCACAGGAACUCGUCGAUCUCAUCAACUCGAAGGCGUGUCGAGGAGCCAUCAUGUUCAACGACACGUUGACAGUAGAACAAUGCAGAGGGCUUCUGUUCAGGCUGUCAGAGACGGCGUUGCCCUUCCAGUGCGCACACGGGCGGCCGUCGCUCGUACCGCUCGUGCGGAUAGAGGAUCGACACGACUCGUCCGCAGGGAAAAUACCGGCCAUCGAUUGGACCGCGUUCGCGCACCGUGCAGCGUUGUAG